CCUCGCGCCCCGGCCUGCCCAUCCGCGCCGUGUGCCUCGCGCGCGCGCACCCCGGCUUGUCGCGACAAGCCCAUCCACCCUGCCUCCUUCUACGGCGGCCAGCCCACAAAGCGCCCGCCGCCCCUGCCGUCCCGCCCUGCCGCAUUCGGCUCCUCCACCACCAGCUUCUACUUCUCCGACUCCUCCCAAAACAAACACUCCUCCUCCCCCUUCCGCGAGCCCGAGCUCGUCCCCGACGACGACCCCGUCCCGGGCCUCGCCGCCGAUCUCGCCCUCCCCGCCCCCCUCCCGCCCGACGACACCACCACCCAGUGGGGCUCCGGCACCGCCCCCUCGUGGACCCCAUCCGUGCAGGAGUGGACCGACUACUCCCCGGGCCCGUGGCCCGCAGCGACAGCCGCAAAGAUCGAGAUCGAUGGCCGCGACGAGGACGAGGAGGCGAACUGGUGGGACCCCGCCACCCGCCGCAAGCACCGCCGCCCUGGCCCCGGCAUCCUCCCGCCCCUGCUCGCUGACCGCCUCCACAACUCGGAGCACUCCCUCUUCUCCGUCACCGUCACGCCCCCCGACAUAAAACAGCCCCCGCCGCACCAUCCAACGAGCCCGACGCACCCCGCAUCGUCCCCGACCCCGUCCUCGUCGUCCUCGUCCUCCGCCUCCUCGACCGCACCACAGCCGACCCCAGAGGAGGUCCGCACCGCCGUGCCACACCCCAACGCGUACUACUGCCGCAGACACAACGGCUGGGUCCUCCUCCUCUGGAAGUCCUCCUCCGUCGUCCCGCCCCUCGCCCGCUCCUUCAAGCGAGCCCACAAACACGACCCCGACGACCACCAGCACGCGGACAAGUCCGCCCACGGCCACAGCCACCCGCCGCUCCCCGACCAGGCCCGCCGCCGCAAGACCCCCUCCUGCCUCGGCGCAGCCCGCGACCAGCCCUUCGGCCAGACCAACCGCACCCACCACUUCCACCUCUACGAGCACGCCGUCGACGCCCGCAUGCUCACCCCCGCCUUCCACCGCAGCGAGUGGGAGGCCGCCGUGCUCGACAAGCGCAAGCGCCGCAAGCUCACCCUCCGCGGCGACGACAUCGACACUGCCGCGCUCGCCCAGGCCCUCGAUGCCGGCGCCCCCACCGCCGCGAUGGAGCACGACGCAGACGGAGAGGACGACGAGGACGCGGCGGACGAGGGCGAUCUGCUCGAUCUCUACGUCUGCUGCCAGUGCUCGUUCUACUGCGUCGCCUCUGACGUCGUCCCGGGCGUCGUCCCCGCGCGCUACGUCGAGGACUUUGUCAAGUUCAAGACCGAGCACCCGCCGCCCGGCAAGUCGAAGGAGGUCAGCCUCAUGAUGGCCUGGGAGACGAUCCUGACCAUCGUGGAGAACAGGCUCUGGAAGAACGAGGGCCGCGUCCUGCCCGUCACCCGCAAGGCCUUCCAGGCCAAGGUGGGCUGGACCCCGACCGCGGAGAAAAUAUUCCAGGCGCUGGGGUUCGAGGCGCGCGGCGUCGUCGAUAACGCGGACCACGCGGACACAGUCGCGCUGCACCCGCCGAGCGUCGACCCCGGCACCCCGCAGGGGCGGCGCAACCGCGCGAAGCUGCUCCGCGCGUGGGUCGAGCUGAGCGCUUGGGCGGUCGACUACCGGAAGCGAUUCGCGUCGUCCCUCAAGGAGUAUACACCGCACCCGCUGUGGGUCCGCAUCGAGAACGCGCGCGAGAUGUACCAGACCGCCGUCGGCGCGCAUCCUGACCAGAUCCCCCGCGGUCUGCUGCCGAUCAACCUCGAGUACGAGGGCCUGGAAGAGGCCUGGCUCCAGCUCGGCAUGACGCCGACGACGUAUUCGUGGGAGCUCUUGGCCUUCGCGUACCUCGCGCAGUGCCGCUGCGACCCCGCGCACACGAUCGACCACUUCUCCGCCUUCUUCGCGCUCUUCAGCGCGCUGAGCGCGCCCGCGCGCGGCGGCGCGGCGGCGCCCGCGGAGCUGCAGGCGCUGGUGCUGGAGGAGCGGGCGCGGCUGCGGUUCACGCACGACAACGCGCGCGGGGCGCGGGAGGCGCUGGGGUUCGGGCGCGCGGGGGCGCUCGGGGUGGAGCUGGGGGACGACGUGGAGGAUGCGUUUGUUGUGAAUGCGUGGCGCGAGGCGCGCGCGCGCGGGGGAGCGGGGGCGCGGGCGGUGGAGGCGGACGAGGCGCUGCGGGUUGUGGCGGAGCUGCGGGGGAGCGCUGCGCUGCGGGACGUGUGGGCGCGCGAGACCGCCGGCGGUGCAGGAGGGGCGGGGCCGAUGACGCCGGGGCGGGCGUAUGCGACGCUGGAGGCGCCGAGGGAGGUGGACGACGGGAUGCUGUUGACGAUUUAUUCGGUGCGGGUUGCGGAUCAGCCGGGGGAGGCGGAGAGGAUGCGGGAGGCUGUUGCGGUUGUUGCGGAGGCGAGGGAGAGUGUGCGGUUGAGGCGGUUUUUGGAGACGGGGACGGAUCCGGGGGACGUGGUGCCGCCUGCGAGGCCCGACUGGCCGCGCGGCCUGAACCAGCUCGGGAACACGUGCUACCUCAACUCGCUGCUGCAGUACUUCUACACGAUCACGGAUUUGCGCAAGGCCGUGGAGACGCUGCUCAAUUCGGAGUACAAGGCGCUCGAGGACGAUAAGCUGACGGACGACGAUUUGAAGCGGCAUCGGGUUGGCGGGCGGUUGGUGACGAGGCGCGAGAUCUUGCGGUCGAAAAAAUUCGUCGGGCAGCUGGCGGGCCUGUUCUGGGAUCUGGAGCACGCGGACGUGCCCGCGGUGACGCCGUCGAUCGAGCUUGCGAAGCUCGCGCUGGUCACGUCGAAGGACGAGGACGAGGACGCGGAUGCGGACGCGGACGCGGACAGGGGCGGGACGGACUCGUCGCACGAUACGGAGGCGACGCUCGUGGACGACGCGCCGGCGCGCGCGCCCGCAUCGUCGGCGUCGUCGCCGCCCGGGGAGACCGGGGAGCCGGCGUCGGCGUCGGCGUCAUCGUCUGCGUCUGCGGCGUCUGUGCUUGGCAAGCGGCGCGAUCGGGAGCAGGAGGACGCGGGCGCGCAGAUGGACGUCGAUGCGGGUUUGGGCGAGGGCGAGGGCGCGGGAUCGCCGGCUGCUGUGCCGUCGUCUUCGCGGGUCGGCGCGGGCGCGGGUGCGGGCGGCGAUGCGGAGAUGCUAGAUGCGGCGGCGGCGGAGGGGCGGGCGGUGCAGAAGCAACAACAGCCGCCGUCGCUCCCGCCGCGGAAGGCGGCGUCGGAGUCGGUCAUGAUGUUCGGGCGGCAGCACGACGUGUCGGAGUGCAUGGACAACUGUAUGUUCCAGAUCGAGACCGCGCUGCUCAAGUUUGACGGCUUGGGCGACGCGGAGGAGGGUAAGACGAGCGUCGUGAAGCGGCUGUUCUAUGGGACGCUCAAGCAGCGGCUGUCGUUCGUGCCGGGGGACGCGUCGAUCCACGAGAAGGAGGUGCUGUUCUCGCUGCUGCCGGUGAACGUGUCGGACGAGGGGUACGACCUGUACGACGGGCUCGGAAGCUACUUUGACGACGCGGUCGAGUUCGAGGGCAAGGCGGCGCGCAUGGAGGUCACGCUUGUUGAUCUGCCGCCGCUGCUGCAGAUCCAGCUCCAGCGGGGGCAGUUCGACCGCGAGACGCUGCAGCCGUACAAGUCGCAGGCGUACGUCAAGUUCGGGGAGACUGUGUACAUGGAUCGGUUCCUGGACAGCGCGGACCCCGAGAAGAAGGAGCGGUCCAAGGCGAUCCACGCCGCGCUCAGCGCGUGCCGCGAUCGCAUCCAUCUACUCACCACGGGAACGCACGCGCCGUUCGGGGCGGCCCUCGGCGGCACGCAGGAGUUUCUGCAGAAACAGGAGACGGUCGCGCUGCCCGAGGCGGACGCGGCGCUCGUCGCUGCGCUGGGCGCGGAGCAGGACGGCCUGCGCGUGGAGUUGGAGGGCCUGCGCGCGCGCGCGGCGGCGCUCAAGGCGGAGAUGGAGGCGAUCUGGGUGGACGAGCGCGCGGCGGCGUACGAGCUGACGUCGGUGUUCAUCCACCGCGGGUCGUCGCCGUCGUGGGGCCACUACUUCUUCUACUCGCGGCACCUGCCCGAGGAGCCGGACGCGUGGUUCAAGUAUAACGACUCGGACGUCGGCGUCGUCGCGAAGGAGGAGGUGCUGGCGGACACGACGGGCUCGACGGCUAACCCGUACAUGCUUGUGUUUGUUAGGAAGGGCGCGGACGUCGUCAAGACGGUGAACCGGUUCGAUCUGAUGAGUCUGGUGGAGGAGGACCCCUAG